AUGGAACACCAAGGUUGGAGUUUUGAGGAGAAUUACAAUUUCUCCACUAAUAGAAGAUCUAUAAGGCCACAAGAUGAGCUAGUGGAGUUGUUAUGGCGAGAUGGGCAAGUUAUUUUGCAUAGCCAAACUCAUAGAGAGCAAACCCAAACCCAAACCCAAACCCAAGCCCAAACUAAUAAACAAGAGUACCAUCACCAAGAAACACUAAUUACACAAAACACCUUUCUUGAGGAUCAAGAAACCGUCUCUUGGAUCCAAUACCCUCCAGAUGAAGACCCAUUUGAAACUGACGAUUUCUCAUCCCAUUUGUUCCCAACCGUCAAUCCUCUCGAGAGACCACCAACCUCAGAGACGGUUAAGCACCAGUCCGGUCCUGACCCUCCUCAGGCCAUGCCACCUCCCAAGUUUAGGCUAACGGAUUCAUCAUCCGAAGUGAAGGAACAGUACUCGGUGGUGACUCUUGGACCGAGCCAUUGCGGGAGUCACCACGAUCUCGAUGUGUCACUGAGUCAUGAUCAAAGCAAAACUGUCGACGAAAGGCUUUACACGAACGCAAGUACAUCAUCGGGUGGCUCCUCUGGUGGCAGCUUUGGCAAGAACGUUAAAGAAAUGGCUAGUGAAAGAAUUAAUACAACAGACCGUAAGAGAAAACAUACAACAGACACUGAUGAAACUGUGUCUCAAUCAGAUGCUCUCCGUGAAAAGUUGAACCAGCGAUCAGGAUCAAUGCGAAGGAGUCGAGCAGCUGAAGUUCAUAAUCUUUCAGAAAGGAGGAGGAGAGAUAGGAUCAAUGAGAGAAUGAAGGCUUUGCAAGAACUAAUACCUCACUGCAGUAAAACUGAUAAAGCUUCGAUUUUGGACGAAGCCAUAGAUUACUUGAAGUCACUUCAGCUACAGCUUCAAGUUAUGUGGAUGGGGAGUGGAAUGGCGGCGGCUCCGAUGAUGUUUCCCGGAGUCCAGCCUCCGCCGUUCAUCCCUCAGAUGCAGAGCCCGGUACAGUUGCCUCCAUUCCCGGUUAUGAACCGAUCUGCGAUUCAGAACAAUCCCGGUUUAGUUUGUCAGAUCCCGGUGCAGAGCCAGGUCUUCUCCGACCGGUUUGCUAGAGUCGUCGGCGGAUUCCCACAGAUGCAUGCCGGAUCUCAGCCGAUGGAGAUGUUGAGAUUUACUUCUCCGACGGGACAGCAAAGUCAACAACCGUCUGCGCCAACGAAGACCACCGACGGUCCUCGUUUGGACCAUUAA